UUAAAAAAUAAUAAAAGUAACUUAAAUAUUUACUUUUUGCCAAAGUAGGUCUGUAAUUUAUGUUUCCAACAAAUGUAUAUUUCUAUCAGAGUACAUUUUGGUUUGGAUAAUUGUUUGAGACAUUGCCGUAUCAAAUUGUUGGUCAUGCCUUUAAUUUGAAGGUUGAGUUAUUCUGUUUCCUGUUUAACGAUAAAAACUGACGCAGCGGAGACAACGUGGGUCUCCCGGACUUUGACACUCCGCCACUGAUAACUAGUGUAAAAAGUUGCGCUCUGUCCAACCAGCGACUCGAUCCUCGGGAUAAACCCGCCUGUAAGGCUCCGGACCGCGGACAUGGCUGACCUGUGGGUCUCGCUGGGUGUUCUGGCCGCCGCGGUGCUGCUCUGCGAGGCGACGCGCCGAGCUGCGGCGCGUUUUCUCCCCGGCGUUUGCUGGAUUUACCUGCUGGAAGCGGCGUCCACCUUCCAGCUCUGCUGCUGCACCCAGGAACUCAAACUGCUCGCGGAAUCCGUCCGCUUGGACCUAUCGAUCAGCUUGACCCUCACUUAUGUCGUCACCGUUGUUCACUUAUCAACUUUCAGGGAAGCGACGUGUAAUCCCGCUGCGGCUCUGGAGAGAGCCUGCCGCGGCGCGGCGAGCGGCAGAGCGGCGGCGCUCCUCAUCGCCGUCCAGCUGGGAGCCGCGGUCGCCGCACGGUCCUUUGCAGCCUCCGUUUGGUCGCUGGGGCUGUCGGAUAUGCACCGCCGGCACCAAAAGUUCGGGUUCCGGUGCAUCGACCCGCUCGGCGGGACCGUGCUGGAGGCUGCCGCCGUGGAGCUGGCGUGCGCUUUCGCGGUGCAGGCCACCGCCAUGCACGUCCACAAGCUGGAGGAGAAACUCCGAGUUCACGUCUUCGCUGCGGUCAUCACCGCUUUGGUUUACACAGGUGGGAGUAUUUCUGGAGCCAUUUUUAAUCCAGCCCUGGCUUUCUCUGUUCAGUUCCCCUGCAGUGGCCACACCUACCUGGAGUACUGCUUUAUCUACUGGCUGGGUCCAACGUUGGGCAUGGCGAGCUGCAUCCUCCUGUUCGAGAAGAUCGUCCCGUUUCUUUCUGGAAAGGGCCCCGCUGAGACGGACGGCUCCGUUGCACAGAAAGAGAAGACGCAGUAGAUUUUUGUUUUAUUUAAGUGGGAGAACAAUUCUGGAUAAUUAAGACUCGUCUCUGUGACUUAUGGGGACGUGCAACAGGACUAUAUUGGUGAAGCAUCACUGAUGAGGGAAAAACCCUUUUGGAAAAUUUAUGCUCUAGAAACAUCUUUGCCACCUCCGUGACUUUAACAAAUCUGAACAUGAACAGACAGAAACUUUUGCUCUCACCACGUCAUUUAUAAGAAGCAACAGUGAGCCAGCAGAUGAAGAGUUAGAUUUAAAACAUGCUAUGUUUUAGUGAUGACUAAAAACUCAAUAGUGACCAAAAAUAACAUAACUGUUCAACAUAAUCCAAUAUGGCUGAUGCAUUGAAGUUAAUGUUAUGCCUAUCAUUAAAAAUUCCAUAGAAAAAAACUGUAUUUCAUAUCAAAUGUAAAAGUUCUGUUUUGAUUGCGUAUGUCUGGGAUUGUUUUUCCACAUACGAUUAGCAUUGGUGGUGCUAAAUUUAGGAAGGUCUUUAAAUAUAAUAAAACUCAAUUCUCUUGUAUUUACAGCCUUUAACCAUUUUAAAAUCUGACUAAAGUUUUUAUCAGACUCAGUUGUUUCAAACAUACUCAUAGCUAGCAAUCCUGCUAAGGUUAGCUAACUAUUACUGUACUUGGGUUUAGAGCAGCACUAAAAGUAUAUACAUUUGAUUUAUAGGAAAUGUAUGUAGGCUGCCUGCCCUGCUGGACAAUUUCUGAAUAAUCCAGAUAUAUACAUGUAGGUUAGCUAAUAAAAUUAUGGCAUAAUUGGUUUGAAUUGUUAGCUACUUCAAAGUUAGCUAACAGUUAGCUAAAAACACAAACCAUUUCUUACACUUUGAUAAUUUUUUCUCUUGAAUACGAAACUGUUCUCAAACUUUAUUUGGCAUUUCUCUUUUAGCCUUAUUUAGUCUUUUCACAACACUAUUGGGUUCCGCAACAAUACAAAUCUAAUCUGUCUGUUUGUAUGCCAACUCAAAGUCCCAACAAUAAAACAGUUUAUUACAUUCCUUAGAGCAGUGGUUCCCAAAGUGUGGGGCGCGCACCCUAGGGGGGCGUAGUGCCAUUGCUGGGGGACGCCGUAUGGAUGAAUGA